UCAGUCUUGCACAGGUGUACCGGCUCCUCCCCUUCAGUCUUGCACAGGUGUACUGGCUCCUCCCCUUCAGUCUUGCACAAGUGUACCAGCUGCCUCCCCUUCAGUCUUGCACAGAUGUACUGGCUCCUCCCCUUCAGUCUUGCACAGGUAUUCUGGCUCCUCCCCUUCAGUCUUGCACAGGUGUACUGGCUCCUCCCCUUCAGUCUUGCACAGGUGUACUGGCUCCUCCCCUUCAGCCUUGCACAGGUGUACCAGCUCCUCCCCUUCAGUCUUGCACAGGUGCACAGGCUCCUCCCCUUCAGUCUUGCACAGUUGUACUGGCUCCUCCCCUUCAGUCUUGCACAGGUAUACCGGCUCCUCCCCUUCAGUCUUGCACAGGUGUAC